GGAACUCAAUCGAGUGUUGGAGUAGCGGGGCUCACCACUCGUUCUCCUAGCAAACAAUGGCCUCCAAGAAGACGCAGCAGGAAAUGGUGCAGGUCGAUCGCUCCUCGUCUGCAUCUCCUUUCUGGCGUACUAGUUCGAACACAUCAAAGCCCUACGAGAACAAGAAAAUCGUAGGAGCUUCCUACUCCCACGCGGAUUUGCUUAAUUUCGACUCUCUCUCCGUCUCUGGGACGAAUUCGCGACCUCGAACCCCUCCUUCCGCCACCCACAGCCGCGAGUCGAGUGCGGCACCAACUCGCUCCGGAAACUCGGCCACCUCGCCACCAAUUCGGAAGAGCUACACUGCUUUUCUACGCGACACCAAUGAGGCCUGGGAAGAUGACGAGGGGGAGGGAGGUGACAUGCUGUUCGAGGACGACGAGGACGAAUUCGGCCUACCGAGUAUAGCUUCCAUGCGGAGGAAAGGGCGACGAAAGGAGCCACCGAGGGACAAAGAGCACAGCAGAGGGACAGGAAGUAGGAAUGGGUCGUUAGGAUCUACAGCGUGGCGGGCCAUCGACAGUGGUGAUAUCGCAGAGGAACGGGGCGUCCCAAACUACCCCACGGCGAAGAAGUCCGAAGGCAAGAUACUACGGCCGCAGUACCAGGAGAUACUUCGAGACCCUGCAAAUUCUUUGCAUCUUAUAUCACAUCCCUCGCUACCCCCUAGCGCGACAUCAAAGGAGAUGGAAGAGCACUCUGCUCGAAUAUCGCGGAUCAAUAAGUUCAAACGGAUAUUGCAAGCGAGUACGAUAUCGCUGCCCGAGCUACGAGACUCUGCCUGGUCUGGCAUACCUUCGGAAGUACGUGCCAUGACAUGGCAGGUGCUGCUUGGGUAUUUACCUACCAGCAGCGAGCGGCGUGUAGCAACGUUAGAGAGGAAGAGAAAAGAAUACCUCGAGGGGGUUCGGCAAGCCUUCGAACGGGGCACGUCUGGAAGUUCAGGUGCAGUUGCUGCAGGUAUGGCCGGCACAUCAUCCUAUCCUUCGACGAACCGUGGGCGAGGCAGAGGUCUCGAUGAGGCCAUAUGGCACCAGAUCAGCAUCGACGUUCCGCGGACGAAUCCACAUCUAGAGCUCUACAGUUACGAAGCCACACAACGUUCGCUGGAGAGGAUACUCUACGUCUGGGCAAUACGGCAUCCCGCUUCUGGGUAUGUGCAGGGAAUAAACGACCUCGUCACGCCCUUCUGGCAAGUCUUCCUCGGAUCGUACAUCUCGGAUCCGGACAUUGAGUUUGGAAUGGACCCGGGACAGCUCCCCAAGCAAGUGUUGGAUGCUGUCGAAGCCGAUUCGUUCUGGUGCCUGACGAAGCUGCUGGACGGCAUUCAGGAUAACUACAUCUCCCAGCAGCCGGGCAUCCAGAGGCAGGUCGCCAGUCUGCGGGAUCUGACGACCAGGAUCGACGCAAGUCUUGCCAAGCACCUGCAGAACGAAGGCGUCGAGUUCAUUCAGUUCAGUUUCCGGUGGAUGAACUGCUUGCUUAUGCGUGAGAUUUCAGUGAAGAACACGAUACGCAUGUGGGAUACAUAUCUGGCCGAAGACGACGGAUUCUCCUCGUUCCACCUCUACGUCUGCGCCGCUUUCCUCGUGAAAUGGUCUGACCAACUCCGCAAGAUGGACUUCCAGGAGAUCAUGAUGUUCCUGCAAGCCCUGCCAACACGGCAGUGGACCGAGAAAGACAUCGAACUACUGCUGAGCGAAGCUUUCAUCUGGCAAAGUCUAUUCAGGGGGAGCAGUGCUCACCUGAAGAACACGGGCUCAAAGGGCGGAGGCUUCGGCGUCGGUAUGGGACCGAAUUCGUAGACACCAGCUUGCCUCGUGGUUCCAUUUUAUCCUGUUGUCUGUCUGUCUGCCUGCCAUAUACCGGAAUGAUUUUCUUUUUGACGAAAGAGUUUUACUUAAUGCAUGCAUUGUUGGAAACUGGUAUGGGGUUCCUGGUUGCGUACGCGGGAGAUUGAUUGCAUGCCGUUCACUUCGGCGUUCAGUCUGUCGUCUUCACGCUUUCUUUAGGUAUUUUUUGUAUGUCAAUUGCAACGCCUUGACGCUUUCACGUCAUCAAAAAUGAAGAAAAAAGACAUCACAAUCCAUCCCAUGAGCGAAUGUAGAAGAA